AUGUCUUCAGUCAUAUACUAUAGGUUCCUACAUCAAAAGAACAAGAGUAUAAUACAUUUCGAUGGUACUGCAAUCAGCGUAUUUGAUUUAAAAAGAGAUAUCAUUAGCCAAAACAACCUAGGCACAGGUCAAGAUUUCAAUUUGCGAUUAUAUCAUGCCGAACAACCAGAUUUAGAAUAUGAGUUGGAUAAUGAUGUUAUCCCUAGGUCGAGCUAUGUUCUUGCCAAACGAUCACCAGCCUCUUAUAAGACGGGUAAAUUCAACAACGCAUCAAGAUAUGUCAGUGGUAAGCCACGACUUAAUCGAAAAGUUAUCAAUACCACCAAUGCAAAUGCUUCAGCGGCAGUAAAUAGUAUGCCCACGUUACCACAAUUGGGCGAAGAUGCAUCUGAAGAAGACAAAAUUAAAUUGAUGUUUGAAAACCAAUCAAAUGUGUGGGCUCAAACGCAGGAUGAACUAGCUCAACACAAGAUGGUUUAUUAUAAACCCACAGCAGCAGCAACAGCGGCAGGAACUGGAAAUAAAGAAGAUCAACCACCGCCAGGAUACAUUUGUUACCGAUGUGGUAAAAAGGACCACUGGAUCAAAAAUUGUCCUACUAAUAAUGACCCCAAUUUCGAAGGUAAAAAGAUUAUGAGAACUACUGGUAUACCGAAGUCGUACUUGAAAACGAUAUCGAAAGAAGAAGUGGAGAAGAACUCGGGCUCAUUCACUACCAAUGACAAUGGUGAUGUUAUUGAUAAUGAUGGAAACGCCAUUUUGAUCACUGAUGAAGGUGAAUAUGCCAUUGCCAUGGCUGAUUCCAAAACAUGGAUGAAUUAUCAAACGAAAUUGCAAAAUGCUGCCAUGAAAUCAAAACAAGAAUACGAGUCUCGAUUAAUUGGCAUUGUUGACAAAUAUAACAAACCGCAAUUUGUUGAUGCGUUAUCAGUGACUAGAAAAGUACUUAAACCACCAAUUUAUACCACGCCCUGUUGUCCCGAUUUGAGUAAAUUGCAAAAAUUGGCCAAUGUGUAUCAUAAUCAAGAUGAGAUUGAAAAUGUCUUGAUUGAGAAUGAUUUCCAUUGUCCCAAUUGUGGUAAAGAUGAUGUAUAUAUUGAUUCAUUGAUACAUGCUGAAUCAUUGGAGAAAGAAUUACAAGAAUUUAUUGAAUCAAAAGAUGCAGAAAUUGGUAUGAAGGAUCCAAGUAAACGAUCGUUGGAAGAUGUAGCCAAUGAUGAAAAUGGAGUAGAUGCAAAGAAACAAAAAGUGUAA